ACGAAAGGAGAUUUAAAAUGGUAAAAAGAGAGAGAGUGAGAGAGGGAGGGAAGAAUAUCCUUUAAGAUAUUUUUACGCAUCGCACGUGCCGUCAUUCCUGCUUUUCUUUCUUACUCUCUCUUUUUCCGACAUUUUUUGUUAUAUUUAUUUAUAGCCUCUCUCCCGCUUAAUAAAGCAACUGGUUUCGGAAAUCGGAAGCCGGAGCAAAACGCAAGAGCAAGAAAGUGAAACGACGGAGAAUGACAGCAAACAAAACCAUGCUUAAGCCAGUUGAAGCACAUAAUCUUCGUUGGUAAACGUAGCUGUUUCAAUUCGUUAUUGGUAAUGGAAAGCAAUGCCAGUAAGUGAAUGAGUGACUCGGUAAGAAGUAGCUAUCGCAAUAGGGUCCACCACAACAUUGAACCACAUUCCACUUUAUCUCCUCAAAAUUCUCAUGUGAAUGAUGCAAUCUCGUGAAUCGUAAACCCCAACCCCCCCCCCCCCUCUCUCUCUCUCUCUCUCUCACACACACACACACACCCCUUUUUCAACAAUUACAAAACCCUUCUUCUAAUUUACCGUCUCACCGGAAACUUCGCCGGCAAUGUCGUCUCCGCCACCGGAGACCUCUCCCGCCACGAACUCCACUGCCUCUCCUCCUCCGCCGGAACCCUCUCCCGCAACUAACUCCACUGUCUCUCCUCCAUCGCCGGCGGUCACCACCAAUUCCACGCCGCCGCCGCCGCCGCCUUCGUCUAUUCCGACGUCGUUUGAAACGGUUAACAAUGGGUUGCAGAAGGGUACAUUAAACGGAAUAAUCAUCGGGGUUGUGUUGGGUUCAGUAGGCAUGCUUAUCAUCGGGGGUAUUUUCGUCUGCCUUUAUAGGAAUCGGAAAAGGAAGAGACACCAGAAUAGCUACUCGCAACCGCCACGACAGAAAGCUGACUUGGCUGGUGGCCUACUUCAGCAUUGGCAAGCCAGUGUUCCUCCAAUGACAGAUGGUAAAGUAGGCUUGCCGCCCAAGCCACCUGGGGGUUUAGUGAGUCAGCAACAUUCAUCUACUGGUCUCCCCACACCUGCCGUGAUUUCUUCAAAUACCAGCAGUAGUUUGGGGUCUGAGAAGCCAUACAUUCCCCCUUCUUCUGGCAUUUCCUUGGCACUAUCUCAUAGCACUUUUUCAUUGAACGAAUUAGCAGUUGCAACAGAUGGAUUUUCCAGAUCAAAUCUUCUUGGUCAAGGUGGUUUUGGCUAUGUCCACAAAGGAGUUCUUCCAAAUGGAAAAAUUGUUGCAGUUAAGCAGUUGAAAUCUGAGAGUAGACAAGGGGAGCGUGAGUUCCAUGCGGAAGUAGAGGUCAUUAGCCGUGUACAUCAUAGACAUCUUGUUUCCCUAGUUGGAUACUGCAUCUCAGACAGCCAAAGGAUGCUUGUCUAUGAGUUUGUGCCUAAUGAUACACUGGAAUUUCAUUUGCACGGAAAGGACAGACCAUCUAUGGACUGGUCCACUAGGAUGAGGAUUGCUACAGGAUCUGCAAAAGGAUUAGCAUAUCUGCAUGAGGACUGUAAUCCCAAAAUCAUACAUCGUGACAUCAAGGCAUCUAAUAUCCUUCUUGAUAAUAAUUUUGAGGCUAAGGUUGCAGAUUUUGGGCUUGCGAAAUUUUCAUCAGACACAGAAACCCAUGUUUCUACUCGAGUGAUGGGAACUUUUGGAUACAUGGCUCCAGAAUAUGCUGCUAGUGGGAAACUCACUGAAAAGUCAGAUGUUUUCUCCUUUGGUGUUGUGCUUUUGGAGUUGAUUACUGGACGGAAACCUGUUGAUAAAAUGCAAUCCUUCACAGAUGACAGCAUGGUUGAAUGGGCAAGGCCUUUGCUGUCCCAAGCUUUAGAGAAUGGCAACUUUAAUGGACUUGUUGAUCCACGAUUGCCAACAAAUUACAAUCUUGAUGAGAUGAUCCGAAUGACUGCUUGUGCUGCAACUUGUGUGCGCCAUUCAGCCAGGCUUCGGCCUCGAAUGAGCCAGGUUGUUCGAGCUUUGGAAGGUAAUAUUUCUCUAGAAGAUCUAAAUGAGGGGAGCACACCAGGACACAGCAGAGUUUUUGGUUCCUUUGAGAGUUCCAAUUAUGAUACUAUUCAAUACAGUGAAGACUUGAAGAAGUUCAGGAAGCUAGCACUGGAAAGCCAAGAGCAAGGCGCUAGCGAGUACAGUGGUCCCAGCAGUGAGUAUGGUCAACAUCCUUCUGUCUCGACCAGUUCAGGCCAGCAAAAUACUCAGGAAAUGGAAAUGGGGAAUGUGAAGGGUAGCAACCAUGUUUCUGGGAUGAGCUCUUGAUCGAUGAUUCCCACGUCUUGCAAAGUUGCACUCUACAUCAGAUUGCAAGUGCGCCUGUGAAACUGGUAAAUAUAACUUGGUAUAUUUUGCAGGUCCAAUGUAUGAAAUGACUUGCUCAUGAUGAAUAGCAGUUAGAGUUCGUUUUUUUUUUUUUAAAAAAAUUUCAGUGAUUUUCACGGUCUAACUUGUUUCACAAGUAUGAUUCCUGAAUUAAUUAAUACACCUGUAGUUGUGUAAGCUUGAUUCAUUCUUCGAAGCUAACAUUUGUUUAUCUGGAAAAGCCUGACAUUGGGAUUAAAAGUGUUGGGGAUGAGGUAUUCUGUAUUUAUUUGGGGAACAUUGUGAUGAUGCAUUUUAUAAUGAGCGUUGGCCUGGGUUAAGGCUUGUAACUGCUCAGCUUGUUUGUGUUUUUUUUUGGGGUCAAAGUUCAGUUUGCUUGUUUGUAUUUUUAUU